CUUUGUCUUACUACAUAGACCAAAUUUGGACCAUUACCAGAUCAAUUAUAAUCCUUGAAAGAUGGAUUAUCUACAUUCGCCUUUCGAAUUAUCGCAACCACCAGACAACAUACAUUGGAGGGAAGAACGGGCACCGCUAGGGGCGCUAUGUUAUCUCCUAAACAUCAUAGGAAUUGUCGGCAACACCGUAGUCUUGUACAUAUUUCUAACGCGCAUGCCGGCCUCAAACUACAGAGUGUUCGUUAUGUCUCUAUCAGGUCUAGAUCUUUCUAUGUGUAUCGAUCACAUUAUUAAAGAAUUAAAUAGAAUGUUCAUUAUCUAUCGACAAUUUGAGGACGUGUUACAAACACAUAUUUGUGCAAUGGGUAACUACAUAGGUUACUUAGCAGGAGUCCCUGCUCUCCUUAUUGUUACUUUCAUUGCAUUUGAGAGAUACAGAAAAAUUUGUACCCCGUUCAAGCCCCAAAUCACUAUCAAGCGUUCAAAAAUUAUGUGCAUUGUUUCCAUUUUGCUGUCUAUUCCAAUAGUGUCCCCUGUCUAUGAAAUAUACGGGGUGAGGUUUGUCAAGGUAGAUAACAUCACGGCAACAAGAUGCGAUACUAAAAACAAGUAUGACUAUUCGGUACUACCUUUUGUAUUUCCUCUCUUCACGUUUAUAUCUGUUUCGUUCAAUAUUGUUGCUAUAUUAAUAUUUCAAAUCAAAAUACGGAAUGCUCUCGUGCAAAAAGUAAAGUCAAAAAUGAGGAUGAAAAAUUUUAAAAACACGACAACAUUAAAAGUUGUCGCGGGAACAGCAAAUCAGGAAGAAGCGAAAAAGCCGCAACCAUCGGUCGAAGACCAGGAAGCGGCCAAGAACAGACGGAUUGCGAUAACUUUUUCCAUUGUUACCUCCAUGCUUGUGAUAAGUUUUGUAACUUUGAAUAUCUUUCAUCUGGCUCAAGGAAUUGAAAGAUACGUGUCUCCAAAUAGGAAAAUCUCUAAAGUCGAAGAUGUUGUGAAUGAAUAUGUUCCGGACGCCAUUAUUCUUAAUGGAAUUCUGAAUCCAUUCGUCUACUUCUUCACUGACAACCAAUUUCGUCAAGAAGUUUUUAAACUGUGUGGUCGAAACAUAUAAUUGUGAAACAUUUCAUGUAUUUAAAUGCUUGGUCUCUAAUAAUCUUAAUUAUUUAGUGUAUGAAGUUUAUUUCAAUAUUUAUAUUUGCUGUAUCAGGAGAGCGAGAUUCACUGGAACAGAAGUAGUUUACUUGAAUAUUGUAAUGUAUAGGCUUAUCAUAAAAUAGUAUAUUGUAAAAUGUAAUUUCAACGGUCAAUAAUCUAACAUUUUUUACUCCCAAAAAAUUUUUCAGUGUUCAGCUAUUAGAAAUAAAACAUCUAGAAUGUUAUUAAUUGAAUUCUUAAUCAAUAAAAAUGCUUGAUAGAAUCAUUCAUUAUUACGAGUGUGGGAUAGUAAAAUUCCACCGAGGGACAAGAUUCAUGGUCUACGACGAGGCUAUGACAUCUUUCUGUGUUAUUGUAAAGAGUGGAAAUUAAAUGUUAAUAUAGAUAAAACAAAAGUAUUAAUUUUUUCCAAAGGACGAAUGUGUAAAAGAGUUUUUUAUUUUAACGAUAGAGUUUUAAAAAUUGUUAAAGAAUUUUGUAUGGCAUAUCACUUUGCUGCUGUGCGUCUCUCUCUGUCUGUCUGUUGGUCGGACGGCCAGUCCACCAACAGUUACCAUUCAUUUUCUUCGCAAUUUGGUAUACAGAUUUAUCUGUAUAAGAUCUAAGCAAAGUUAUUUGUUGGGUAUGAUUGAUCAAUUUUUGACCUUGGAAUUAAAAAAAAAUUCCAAUUAUUUGCAUUUUCUUCUCAGAUGUUAAUCAGGGUUGGCCGGGAAAUACCACUGCUGGGAAUUACUGGUGGUAUAUACCGGUACUUCCCGUCCCGGUCAAUACAACUGUUUUUCACUAAUCUGGGAAAUACUGGGAAAUACAAAUUUAUAAUCUUUAUUUCUUUAAUUUUUUCAAUGCAAAACGUAUGUUCAUGAUAAAAGAUAUUAACAAUAAGCAUAAAAAAUCAAUUUAUCCUACUUUCCCAUUGCACUGCCAGUUAAUGAAUCUUAAAUUCACCAAUCACCUAUUCACAAAGACUUCUAUAGCUGCUAAAGUACAAAUUUAAGUCCAGAUUUUUGAACUUAAAGUUUUCUGUUUUACAGAUUUAUAAUUCAAAGCACAAAAUAAACUGUUAUGAUUACUGUAGGUAUUACAAGUAACAAUUAAAUAAUCACACAUGUUGUUAUAAUAAAUAACACUUAACAGUUUUGUGCUCCUGUUUUGGGGAGAUAUAUACUAUGAGUGAGGCUGAUUGGCUUCUUCUUAGGUGUGUUGCAUAAUGAGGUAGUGACACAGUCACACUUUAUUUUUCAAAAUUUUCUUGCACCAUUUUCACAUUCACCAAAUAACCAGAAAAUGGAACUUUUGAUAACAAGUUUAUGAUAACUGUGUAGAUUCACCUAUACCUGACUAGUCUUAAAAACAAAAUAACAAUGUUGCCAAUGAAUGAACCAUGUUUGGAGUAUUCAUAAGAAGAUAACCAAUGCAUCACUGGGAAGUCAAAACUUGUUAAAAUCAAAGAACAUUAUAAAAUGUCAAAAAGCUGACAAGGUGUACUAUUGUCUACAUCCCUACAGAUUUGAUUAAGACUAAUGUCUAAGUUUGAAGUACUAUAAUAUGUAGUUGUACUUUAUUUCCCAGUAUUUCCUGGGAAAUACCAGUAAUUCCCGGGAAUUACCAUUAUUUCCCACCGUCCUGGGAAAUAUGAGUAUUUCCCGCUUUUUUGCCAACCCUGAGAUGUUUUCAAAGGAGGGGGCAUAAUUGUUUCACAAACAUGUCUUGUUUGUGUGCAAUCGUUCACUUAGGAUUUUCUUUUUAAAAAAUUGUAAACUUUUAGCCUUUCCAGGGUCCAAAUUGAGGGAAAAAAAUCAAUAAGUAAUCUAUUGGUUGAUGUUUGAUAUAGCCAUCUAUAGUAUGUGUGAUACAUUUUAACAUGUAUGGUGUCAUGUAUAUCAAGUUAUUCAUGUACAACUUGUUUAUUAUAUGUAUGACUGGAAGUCAGGUUA